ACUUUGCACAUAACAUGAUUCUUUUUGAUUGGUGUAUCUUCCGGGUUGUUCGCCUCUGGGGCAACCCUACUAGCUAGUAGUUGGUUGCUGUGUCCAUGGCUGGUCCAUCAACACUGCAUCAACUUUUCUCACAAUCUCACUCUACGAGUAGCUAGAUAGCCAGAUCUAAUACGCUCUCUCACUCUCUCUUCUACUUUGCCACCCAAUAACUGGAAACAAUGGAGAUCAUUCGAAUGAAUAACUUUGCCGCUUCCAUGCUCUGCAACGGGAGGAACGAAGACGCCAUCCGUUAUCUGCAGAAUGCUCUUGCCGGUCUCCGCGGCGUGGUCAACCAUGUCGGAACCAACGAGACGAGAAGUCAUCCUCCCUGCUCCUCUUGUCAGCACGGCUGCCAUGGCUGCCACAGAGAGGAACCGCAAGCCCCGCUCAACAUUACGGCUGUUCAAAACGAGGAACUCACAGAAGAUGGCACGGUCCAAAAUGCCUUUGAAUUCUACGAUAAAGUGUUCCUGAUCUCUAACACCCAAACCCACUGCUGCUGUCCGGCUCAGUUGGAGAAACUCCAACACAUGCUCCUCGCCGUCAUCACCUACAAUCUCGGCACUGUGAGCCAGCGAAUGGGAAUCCAAUACGGCAAGUCAUGGCACUUUGCCAAGGCCAUGCGCUUCUACGAGCUCUCUUUCUCCACCAUUGAGAACGUCCUCCAAGAAUACGGCUUUGAUGGCAACCUAAUCAUGCUACUUUGCAGUCUAUACAACAACAUGGGUCACAUCCAUGCCAGGUCCAACGAUAUUGAAGAUACCAAGUUCUGCCUUGAGUGGCUGCAAAGGACCGUCAACGCGGAGGAGUUCAGCAACUGCAACGCCAUGUGUGACGACGACUAUUGCUUCUUCUCGCAGUAUCUCAUGUUCAGUUCCACCCACAAUCACUUUCGCUCUGCGCCUGCUGCCUAAGCAAACAAUGAGCUCCCUCCACACUACUUCUGCUUAUUCUCCAGCUAGCUGCUUUCAUGGCUGGCUACUAAUACACAAAUUUUGCUUCGCUCUCCAUUAAUAAACAACAUUAAACAUAAUACAUCAUGAUGCACCC